AUGCUGGGUUACAUGGGAUUCUGGGCAUGGCAAAACCGCCAAAUCGAACUUGCAAAGGGCGAGCAUCGCAAUAAGAAGAAUGAACCUAUGGGAGAAAAAGGAAUAAAAACCCAUUUACUAGAUAAGUUACUGGACAGGCUGCAAGAUAUCCAAUCACAAGGUGGUUUGACCACUGAUACUAAGAAGUCAAGAAGGAGCCGCAUCAUAACAAAGCUUUAUAUAGGCAAAAAGCUGAGCACGAAGCUUGUGAAAGAACUCAGAUUAGGGAUAUUGUUCAGUCAUGACAUCUGGAAGUAUCUCAAACUAAGCAUGAAAGAACUUAACAAACUUAUUGCGGAGUUUAAAAAGGAUGCCCAACAGAUGAAGCUAUUAAGGAUACUUAGGCCACAAUUGGAGAGAUUGGUGAAUGAUGGGUCAAGCCAUCUCCAUAAAUUCUAUGAGGAUCUCCGAGACAAUGAGUUAAUAACUAAAGACGAACUAACAGAGCUGCGGAUCAAUUAUCCGGCAGAGAGUGACGCAUUGCCCCCAGGCGCUCUGGAUGCUGCUGUCAAGCGCCUGAAGAAGCUCAUCGCCUCAGAGGUCCUGAAGAAGGAUAGCCUAGACAAGACUGACGCUAUUAGAGUGAACAAACGCAUAGAGUUGACCUGUGAUAUGUUUAACCGUCUUUAUCCAGGUGAAUGGCUGGACUGCUGGACCAUUAAUGUCGCCAUGGCGCUUUCUGACAAGCCAACAUAUGUACGGUUUGGUAUCAGCGUUCCAUUAGAGGAGACUAUAAACGACCAGUUACGGGAAGUCGAACGGCCGCUGGCAAGAUGGUCCAAGACGAUUGCGAACCACCAGCAAGAAGCUCGAGAAACAUCUGGAAAGACAGUUCCCUUGGUACAUUUCUGCCCCAUCAACCACAACAACCACUUUACCCUACUCAAAAUUAACGAACGAGAGAAAGUGAUUCGACAUUAUGAUUCAAUGGCGAAGCCUGGCACGAUCAGUGGCCGCAACAAAACGAAGAUAUCGAGGCUGGUUAAAAAGGAAUUUAGUAACUUAGGAUUUCACUACACAGAGGCCGUAAGUAUUCAAUACCUCCUGUUUCGCCUGUAA